CGCUUGCUGCGGGAAUGUUGACAGCCUGACAGACGCGGGGUUCUGGUGUCGUGGAAUCUCCGAGUCUUUGGCUGGAUCCCGGGAGAAGAACAAGAGGGGGAGGAGAGAUAUAGGCAGGAGAGAGCAAAAGGAGCGGGAGAGACAGAGCGAGGGGGGAGAGGAGGGAAGCAGGAGAUUUUCUUGACUGCCCCCUUUCCUUCAAAGAUUUUAUAGUCUUCAGGGAGAGAGAGGAGGUGGAGAGAGGGAAGAAAACAGACAAGAGAGAAACGGGGGCAGAGAGCGCGCGCCAGUCCCUCCCGAGUCCCCGGCUGCCGGAGGAGUCUGGAUCGUGUCCCCAGUGUCAGAUAAAAGGGCGCUGAGGCUCAACGCCGCCGACUCGCGCCGCGCGCGGCGCACGCCCCUCCACGAGCCCCGCCGCCUCCUGCGCCCCGGGGCGGCCGCUCCGUCUCCAGCGCAAUGUGGUCGCGCCUGGCCUUUUGUUGCUGGGGUCUGGCGCUUGUUUCGGGGUGGGCGACCUUUCCGCAGAUGUCCCCGUCGCGCAAUUUCAGCUUCCGUCUCUUCCCCGAGGCCGCACCGGGGGCGCCGCGGAGGCUGCCCACGCCGCCUGCGCCUAGCGAGGAGGCGCCGGAGAGCAAAGUAGAGCGGCUGGGCCAGGCGUUCCGGCGGCGCGUGCGGCGGCUGCGAGAGCUCAGCGAGCGCCUGGAGCUCGUCUUCCUGGUGGACGAGUCAUCCAGCGUGGGCCAAGCCAACUUCCUCAGCGAGCUCAAGUUCGUUCGCAAGCUGCUGUCUGACUUCCCCGUCGUGCCCACGGCCACACGCGUGGCCAUCGUGACCUUCUCGUCCAAAAACAACGUGGUGCCGCGCGUCGACUACAUCUCCUCCCGCCGGGCGCACCAGCACAAGUGCGCACUGCUCAGCCGCGAGAUCCCGGCCAUCACCUACCGUGGCGGCGGCACCUACACCAAGGGCGCCUUCCAGCAAGCUGCGCAAAUUCUUCAUCAUUCCAGGGAAAACGCCACAAAAGUUAUAUUUCUCAUCACGGACGGCUAUUCUAAUGGGGGAGAUCCGAGACCAGUGGCAGCGUUGCUGCGAGAUUUCGGGGUGGAGAUCUUCACCUUUGGCAUAUGGCAAGGAAACAUUCGGGAACUGAAUGACAUGGCUUCCCCGCCGAAGGAGGAGCACUGCUACCUGCUGCACAGUUUCGAAGAAUUUGAGGCUUUAGCUCGCCGGGCACUGCAUGAAGAUCUGCCUUCCGGGAGUUUUAUUCAAGAGGAUAUGUCCCAUUGCUCCUACCUGUGUGAAGCCGGCAAAGACUGCUGCGACCAAAUGGCAAGCUGCAAGUGCGGGACGCACACGGGGCAAUUUGAGUGCGUCUGUGAAAAGGGGUAUUACGGGAAAGGUCUACAGUAUGAGUGCACAGCUUGCCCAUCAGGGACGUACAAACCAGAAGGUGCACCAGGAGGCAUCAGCACUUGCCUUCCGUGUCCUGAUGAAAACCACACCUCUCCCCCCGGAAGUACAUCCCCCGAAGACUGUGUCUGCAAGGAGGGCUAUCGGGCAUCCGGCCAGACCUGCGAAGUUGUCCACUGCCCUGCCUUGAAGCCUCCAGAAAACGGUUACUUUAUCCAAAACACUUGCCACAACCACUUCAAUGCAGCCUGUGGGGUCCGAUGUCACCCUGGAUUUGACCUCGUGGGAAGCAGCAUCUUCCUGUGCCAACCCAAUGGUUUGUGGUCCGGUUCAGAGAGCGCCUGCAAAGUAAGAACAUGUCCUCGUCUCCGCCAACCCAGACAUGGCCACCUCAGCUGUUCCACGGGGGAAAUGUCCUACAGGACCACGUGUUUGGUUACCUGUGAUGAAGGGUACCGACUGGAAGGAAGUGCUAAGCUUACCUGCCAAGGAAACGCCCAGUGGGACAGCGUAGAGCCCCGCUGUGUGGAGCGCCAGUGCCCCACCUUUCAGAAGCCCAGAGAUGUCGUCAUUUCUCCCCCAAACUGUGGCAGGCAGCCAGCCAAACCUGGGACAAUUUGUCAGCUAAGUUGCCCCCAAGGAUUCAUUUUAUCUGGAGUCAAAGAAGAAGUGAGAUGUGCCACCUCUGGAAAAUGGAACGCCAGAGUUCAAACAGCUGUUUGUAAAGACGUGGAGGCUCCCCGGAUCACCUGCCCUAAGGACAUAGAGGCCAAGACUCAGGAACAGCAAGACUCUGCCAACAUCACCUGGCAAAUCCCAACGGCUGAAGACAACUCCGGGGAAAAGGUGUCCGUCCACGUGCAUCCAGCUUUUACCCCACCGUACCUUUUCCCAAUUGGAGAUGUCGCUGUCACGUACACGGCAAUGGACUUAUCCGGCAACCAGGCCAGCUGCACCUUCCAUGUCAGAGUCAUUGAUGUAGAGCCGCCGAGCAUAGACAGGUGCAGAUCCCCGCCCCCGGCCCAGGGCUCCGAGAGGCAGCACGCGGCCACCUGGGACGAGCCUCAGUUCUCAGACAACUCAGGGGCUGAAUUGGUCAUCACAAGAAGUCAUACGCCAGGAGACCUUUUUCCCCAAGGGGAGACUGUGGUGAGGUAUACAGCCACUGACCCCUCAGGCAAUAACAGAACGUGUGACAUUCACAUCGUCAUAAAAGGUUCUCCCUGUGGGGUUCCCUUUACGCCGGUAAAUGGGGACUUGGUAUGUACUCAAGACGGUGCCGGAGUGAACUGCACGUUAAGUUGCUUGGAGGGCUACGAUUUCACAGAAGGCUCCACGGAGAAGUAUUACUGCGCUUAUGAGGAUGGCAUCUGGAAGCCGCCCUAUUCCACUGAAUGGCCAGACUGUGCUAUAAAACGUUUUGCAAAUCACGGGUUCAAGUCCUUUGAGAUGCUGUACAAAGCAACUCGUUGUGAUGACACGGAGCUGUUGAAAAAGUUUUCGGAAGCGUUUGAGACGACCCUGGGGAAAAUGGUCCCAUCAUUUUGUAAUGAUGCUGAUGACAUUGACUGCAGACUGGAAGACUUGACCAAAAAAUAUUGCCUUGAAUAUAAUUACGACUAUGAAAAUGGCUUUGCAAUUGGGCCAGGUGGUUGGGGAGCAGCUAAUCGGCUGGAUUACUCUUAUGAUGACUUCUUGGACUCCGUGCAAGCAACCCCCACGGGUGCCGGCAAAGCCAGGUCUUCACGGAUGAAAAGAAGUGCCCCAUUAACUGACCACAAAAUUAAGUUAAUUUUUAAUAUCACAGCUAGUGUGCCUUUACCUGAUGAAAGAAAUGAUACCAUUGAAUUGAAAAACCAGCAACGGCUCAUUAACACCUUGGAAACUAUCACAAAUCAAUUGAAAAGGACCCUUGACAAGGAGCCCCUGUAUUCCUUUCAGCUUGCCUCGGAAAUUCUGGUAGCCGAUAGCAACUCACUGGAAACGGAAAAGGCUUUACUCUUCUGCAGACCAGGCUCAGUGCUCAGAGGGCGGAUGUGUGUCAAGUGCCCUCUGGGAACCCAUUAUUCUCUGGAGCGUUUUGGCUGUGAAAGCUGUUUGAUGGGAUCGUACCAAGAUGAAGAAGGGCAGCUCGAGUGCAAACGCUGUCCAGCUGGGACCUACACUGAGUAUCUCCAUUCGAGAGACAGCUCAGAGUGCAAAGCUCUUUGUAAACAAGGCACCUACUCAACAAAUGGGCUUGAGACUUGUGAGUCGUGUCCACUGGGCAGUUAUCAGCCUGACCUCGGUGCCCGGAGCUGCCUCCCCUGUCCAACCAACACUUCAACGGUGAAAAGAGGAGCCGUGGACAUUUCUGCUUGUGGAGUGCCUUGUCCACUAGGAGAGUUCUCUCGAUCUGGGUUAAAGCCCUGUUACCCUUGUCCUCAAGACUACUACCAGCCCAAUGCAGGGAAGUCCUUCUGCCUGGCUUGUCCCUUCUACGGAACUACAACCUUCACUGGUGCCACAUCCAUCACAGAUUGCUCCAGCUUUGGCUCAUUUUUCUCUGUAGCAGAGGAGAGUAUAGUGCCCCAGACUUCUCCUGGGCAUAUGAAGAACAACUAUGAAGUCAGCAGUCAGGUUUUCCAUGAAUGCUUCCUAAACCCUUGCCACAAUAGUGGAACCUGCCAACAACUGGGGCGUGGUUACGUCUGCCUCUGUCCACCUGGAUAUACAGGCUUAAAGUGUGAAACGGACAUUGAUGAAUGCAGCUCCCUCCCGUGCCUCAACCGCGGAGUCUGUAGAGACCGGAAAGACCGGGUAGGGGAAUUCAUUUGUGAGUGUCCGUCUGGCUACACAGGUCAGCUAUGUGAAGAAAAUAUAAACGAGUGUAGCUCCAGUCCCUGUUUGAAUAAAGGAGUCUGCACCGACGGCUUGGCUGGUUAUCACUGCGCAUGUGUGAAAGGUUACAUAGGUCUGCACUGUGAAACAGAAGUCGAUGAAUGCCAAUCAAGCCCCUGCUUAAAUAAUGCAGUCUGUGAAGAUCAGGUGGGGAGGUUCUUGUGCAAAUGCCCCCCUGGAUUUUUGGGUACCCGGUGUGAAAGAAACAUAGACGAGUGUCUCAGUCAACCGUGCAAAAAUGGAGCUACCUGUAAAGAUGGAGUCGAUAGCUUCAGGUGCCAGUGUGCAGCCGGCUUCACAGGGCCGCUCUGUGAGCUGAACAUCAACGAAUGUCAGUCUAACCCAUGUAGAAACCAGGCCACCUGUGUGGAUAAGUUAAACUCAUACAGUUGUAAAUGUCAGCCGGGAUUUUCAGGCAGCAGGUGUGAAACAGAACAGUCUACGAGAUUUAACCUGGAUUUUGAAGUUUCCGGUAUCUAUGGCUACGUCAUCCUAGACGGCGUGCUUCCAUCUCUCCGUGCGGUCACCUGCGCCUUCUGGAUGAAAUCCUCUGACGUCAACAACUACGGCACGCCGAUCUCCUAUGCACUUGAAAAUGGCAGUGACAAUACCUUCCUCCUGACCGAUUAUAAUGGCUGGGUUCUUUAUGUGAACGGCAAGGAAAGGAUAACUGAUUGCCCCUCCGUGAAUGACGGCAGUUGGCAUCAUAUUGCGAUCACCUGGACAAGUGUGGGCGGAGCCUGGAAAGUCUAUAUUGACGGGAAGCUAUCCGAUGGUGGUGUGGGGCUCUCUGUCGGUUCGCCCAUACCUGGUGGUGGCGCAUUAGUUCUCGGGCAAGAGCAAGACAUAAAAGGAGAAGGAUUCAACCCAGCAGAGUCUUUUGUGGGCUCCAUAAGCCAGCUCAGCCUCUGGGACUAUGUCCUGACUCCACAGCAGGUGAAAUCCUUGGCUACCUCCUGCCCAGAGGAACUCGCUAAAGGAAACGUGUUAGCCUGGCCUGAUUUCCUGUCAGGAAUUGUGGGGAAAGUGAAGGUCGAUUCCAAGAGCAUCUUCUGUUCCGAUUGCCCACCAUUAGAAGGGUCCAUACCUCAUCUGAGAACUACAUCAGCAGACUUAAAGCCAGGCUCCAAUGUCAGCCUCUUCUGUGAUCCGGGCUUCCAGAUGGUCGGGAACCCUGUGCAGUACUGUCUGAAUCAAGGACAGUGGACACAGCCACUCCCUCACUGUGAACGCAUUAGCUGUGGGGUACCACCCUCUUUGGAGAAUGGCUUUUAUUCAGCCGAGGACUUCCAUGCUGGCAGCACAGUGACCUACCAGUGCAACAGUGGCUACUAUCUGUUGGGUGAUUCGAGGAUGUUCUGCACAAAUAACGGGAGCUGGAAUGGCAUCUCACCAUCAUGCAUUGAUGUUGAUGAAUGUGCACUCGGGUCAGACUGUAGCAAGUACGCUUCCUGCCUGAACACAAAUGGAUCCUACACCUGUGUGUGUCUCCCCCUCUACACAGGGGACGGCAAACGCUGUGCAGAACCUAUAAAAUGUCAGGCUCCAAGAAAUCCAGAGAAUGGCCACUCAUCUGGUGAGAUUUACACGGUGGGUGCCGAAGUCACAUUUUCAUGUGAAGAAGGACACCAGCUGAAUGGAGCCACCAAAGUCACGUGUUUGGAGCCUGGAGAAUGGAGUCAUCCGGUACCAAAUUGUGAAGCUGUUUCCUGUGGAACACCAGCUGUUCCCACAAAUGGUGCCGUGGAUGGAUCAGCGUUUACCUAUGGCAGUAAAGUAAUGUAUAGGUGUGACGAAGGUUAUACUCUGGAGGGUGAUAGAGAAUCAUCCUGUCUUGCUAGUGGUUCUUGGAGUCAUUCUCCUCCUGUGUGUGAAUUGGUCAAUUGUUCUAGCCCCGGAAACAUAAGCCACGGGAAGUACGUUUUGAGCGGGCUUACCUACCUUUCCAUGGCGUCUUAUUUCUGUGACAGUGGAUACAGCUUACAGGGCCCUUCCAUCCUGGAAUGCACGGCCUCGGGCAGCUGGAACAGAGCGCCACCUACCUGUCAUCUUGUCUUCUGUGGAGAGCCGCCGGCUAUCAAAGAUGCUGUCAUCACCGGGAGUAACUUCACUGUGGGGAACACUGUCACUUACACUUGCAAAGAGGGCUACACCCUUGCUGGCCCCGACACCAUUGAGUGCCUGGCCAGUGGCAAGUGGAGUGGCAGUGACCAGCAGUGUCUGGCCGUGUCCUGUGACGAGCCCCCCCACGUGGAGCACGCCUCUCCGGAGACUGCCCAUCGGUUAUUUGGAGACAUUGCAUUCUACUACUGUGCGGACGGUUACAGCCUGGCAGACAAUUCCCAGCUCCUCUGCAAUGCCCAGGGCAAGUGGGUUCCCCCAGAAGGUCAGACCAUGCCCCGCUGCAUAGCUCAUUUCUGUGAAAAACCCCCAUCUGUUUCCUACAGCAUCUUGGAGUCUGUGAGCAAAGCCAAGUUUGCAGCAGGCUCAGUUGUGAGCUUCAAGUGCAUGGAAGGCUUCGUCCUGAACACCUCAGCGAAGAUCGAAUGUCUGAGAGGCGGGCAGUGGAGCCCUUCGCCCCUGACCAUCCAGUGCAUCCCCGUGCGGUGCGGAGAGCCACCAAGCAUCACGAAUGGCUACGCGAGCGGAUCAAACUACAGUUUUGGGGCCGUCGUGGCCUACAGCUGCAACAGGGGGUUCUACAUCAAAGGGGAGAAGAAGAGCACCUGUGAAGCCACGGGCCGGUGGAGCAGCCCCAGACCCACCUGCCACCCCGUAUCCUGCAAUGAACCCCCGAAGAUCGAGAACGGCUUUCUGGAGCACACCACGGGCAGGCUCUUUGAGAGUGAAGUGAGAUACCAGUGUAACCCAGGAUACGAGCUGGUUGGAAGUCCUGUCUUUGUCUGCCAAGCCAACCGCCACUGGCACAGCGACUCCCCUCCGUCGUGCAUCCCUCUCCACUGUGAAAGACCUCCCCCGAUCCAGAAUGGCUACGUGGAAGGAGAAAAUUUUGAAGUGGGGUCCAGGGUUCAGUUUUUCUGUCACGAGGGUUAUGAGCUUAUUGGCGAUGACUCUUGGACAUGCCAGAAAUCUGGCAAAUGGAAUAAGCAGCCCAACCAAAAGUGUGUGCCCGCCAAGUGCCCAGACCCACCGCUCCUGGAAAACCAGCUCGUGCUGAAGGAGCUGAGCACGGAGGUGGGAGUGGUGACGUUCUCCUGUAAAGAAGGGCAUGCCCUGCAGGGCCCCUCUGUCCUGAAGUGCUUGCGGUCCCAGCAGUGGAAUGAUUCUUUCCCUGUGUGUAAGAUGGUUCUUUGCCUCCCGCCUCCCCUGAUUGCCUUUGGCGUUCCUUCUCCUGCCUCUGCUCUUCAUUUUGGAAGUACUGUCGAGUAUUCUUGUGUGGAUGGGUUUUCCCUAAAAGGAGAGUCCACCACCCUCUGCCAAGCAGACGGCACCUGGAGCUCUCCACUGCCAGAGUGUGUCCCGGUGGAGUGCCCCCAACCCGAGGAAGUUCUCAACGGCAUCAUCGACGUGCAUGGUCUUGCCUACCUCAGCACGGCUCUCUAUACUUGCAAGCCGGGCUUUCAGCUGGUGGGAAACACCACCGUCCUUUGUGGAGAAAAGGGCCUGUGGCUUGGUGGAACGCCCACGUGUAAAGCCAUUGAGUGCCCAAAGCCCAAGGAGAUUUUGAACGGCAAAUUCUCUUACAGAAACCUACGCCCUGGAGAAACCAUGACAUACUCUUGUGACCGAGGCUUCAAGCUCGAAGGUCCCAAAGCCUUGACCUGCUCGGAGAGAGGUGAUUGGGAUGCGGACGCCCCCUCUUGCAGUGCCAUCCACUGCGACCCCCCACAACCCAUUGAAAACGGCUUCGUGGAAGGUGCGGAUUACAGCUACGGUUCCAUGGUCAUCUACAGCUGCUUCCCCGGGUUCCAGAUGUUGGGUCAUGCCAUGCACACCUGUGAGGAGUCGGGAUGGUCGAGCUCCAGCCCAACGUGCGAGCCCAUAGACUGUGGGCUCCCUCCUCAGAUUGAUUUUGGAGACUAUACCAAGGUCGAAGAUGCUCAGGGAUAUUUUGACCAAGAAGAAGACACGAUGGAAGUCCCGUAUCUGACUCCUCACCCUCACCCUCAUCUGGGAGAGAUGGCUAACACCAGGGAAAACUCAACCCCUGCGACACCUCCACCGAGCUUCCUACACGGCACCACGGUUUCGUAUGCCUGUCGUCCAGGGUAUGAACUCUUGGGAAACGCUGUGCUGACCUGCCAGGAAGACGGAACGUGGAGCGGCGGUGCACCGUCCUGCAUCUCAAUCGAAUGCGAUCUGCCCGUCGCUCCUGAAAACGGCUUUCUGCACGUUACGGAGACCACCAUGGGCAGUGCUGUACAGUACAGCUGCAGACCCGGGCACAUCCUGGUGGGCCCCGACAUCAGACUCUGCCUACAGAGUAAAGAGUGGAGCGGCGCUUCCCCACGCUGCGAGGCCAUUGAAUGCCCCAAACCCAACCCAGUUACGAAUGGCUCCAUCAGAGGAAACAACUACACGUACCUGAGCAUGGUGUUCUAUGAGUGCGAUCCUGGGUAUGUGUUGAAUGGCACUGAGCAGAGAACAUGCCAAGAAAAUAGAAACUGGGAUGGCAGGGAGCCAGUCUGCGUUCCUGUGGACUGCGGUUCACCCCCAGUCUCAGCCAACGGCCAGGUGAAAGGAGAUGAGCACACCUUCCAAAAGGAGGUGGAGUACGCUUGCGAUGCAGGCUUCUUCCUGGAGGGAGCUGGGAGUCGCAUUUGCCUUGCCAACGGCAGCUGGAGUGGAACCACUCCCCUGUGUGCGCCUGUCAAAUGCGCCACGCCCCCACCGGUGGCAAACGGGGUGACGGGUGGCCUGGAGUAUGGCUUUGGGAAGGAAGUGACGUUCCACUGCCAGGAGGGCUACGUGUUGCAUGGUGCCCCAAAACUCACCUGUCAGUCAGAUGGGAACUGGGACGCGGACUUUCCUCUCUGUCAACCAGCGAACUGUGGGCCUCCUGAAAAUACUUCCCAUGGCUUCCCUAAUGGCUUGUCCUUCUAUCAUGGGGGGCACAUACAGUACCAGUGCUUUUCUGGUUAUAAACUCCACGGAAGUCCUUCAAGGAGGUGCCUGUCUAACGGCUCCUGGAGCGGCAGCCCGCCCGCCUGCCUGCCUUGCAGGUGUGUCACACCGGUCAUUGAAAGCGGAACGGUCAAUGGGACAGAUUUCGACUGUGGGAAGGCAGCUCAGGUUCAGUGCUUCAAAGGCUUCCGGGCCCUGGGACCUUCUGAAAUCACCUGCGAAGCCCAUGGCCAGUGGAGCUCUGCCUUCCCACGCUGUGAACACACGUCCUGUGGUUCUCUCCCCGCAAUACCAAAUGCAUUCGUCAACGAGAGCGGCUCUUCGGAGGGGAACGUGGUAACGUUCAGCUGCAGACCAGGGCACGCCCUGCAGGGCAGUGCAGACCUCACCUGCACCGAGGCAGGGGUGUGGAGCCGGCCACAUCCGGCCUGUCAGCCCCUGUCCUGUGGGCCCCCACCGUCUGUGGCCAACGCAGUGGCGUCCGGAGAGGCGCACACCUAUGACAGUAAAGUGAAACUCAGAUGUCUAGAAGGUUACAUGAUGGAUACAGACAUAGAUACAUUCACCUGUCAGAUAGAUGGCCGAUGGUUCCCAGAGAGAAUCUCCUGCAGUCCUAAAAAAUGUUCUCUACCAGCCAACACGACACAUAUACUUGUUCACGGGGACGAUUUCAGUGUGAACAAGCAAGUUUCUGUGUCAUGCACAGAAGGCUACACCUACGAGGGGGUUAACAUAUCGACAUGUCAGCUUGGUGGCACCUGGGAGCCACCGUUUUCCGAGGAAUCCUGCAGACCAGUUUCUUGUGGGAAACCUGAGAGUCCACAGCACGGAUUCGUGGUUGGCAGUGCACACAGCUUCGGAAGCACGGUCACUUAUCAGUGCGAGCCUGGCUAUGAACUAGAGGGCAACGCUGAACGUUUCUGUCAGGGGAAUGGGCAGUGGAGUGGAGGGGUAGCAACGUGCAAAAAGGCCAGUUGCCAGGCCCCCCUUGCAUUCCUGAACGGGAGAGCGGAGGUCGGAAACACCAGCACUGGGCCCCGCCUGCUGUUUUCCUGCAACAGGGGCUACAGCCUGGAAGGGUCGCCCGAGGCGCAUUGCACUGAACACGGGACCUGGAGCCACCCAGCUCCUCACUGCAAACCAAAUCCAUGCCCCGUCCCUUUUGUCAUCCCCGAAAACGCUCUGCUUUCUGAAAAGGAGUUUUACGUUGACCAGAAUGUGUCUAUCAAGUGCAGAGAAGGCUUCCUGCUCCAGGGCCAAGGUGUCAUUACCUGCAACCCCGACGAGACGUGGACACGGACAAGCGCCAGAUGCGAAAAAAUCUCAUGCGGUCCACCAAGACACGUACAAAACGCAAUUGCUCGAGGUGUCCAUUAUCAGUACGGGGACAUGAUCACCUACUCGUGUUACAGUGGGUACAUGCUAGAGGGCUCCUUCAGGAGUGUCUGCCUGGAGAGUGGAAAUUGGACAUCGCCUCCUGUGUGCAGAGCUGUCUGCCGAUUCCCGUGUCAAAACGGAGGCAUCUGCCAGCGCCCCAAUGCUUGUUCCUGUCCAGACGGCUGGAUGGGGCGCCUCUGCGAAGAACCCAUAUGCAUUCUUCCCUGUUUGAACGGCGGUCGCUGUGUGGCCCCUUAUCAGUGCAGCUGCCCACCUGGCUGGACAGGGUCCCGCUGUCACACAGCUGUUUGCCAGUCCCCCUGCUUGAAUGGUGGAAAAUGCGUCAGACCAAACCGAUGCCAUUGUCCCUUGGCUUGGAUCGGCCCUGACUGUUCCAGGAAAAGGAGGACUGGGUUUUAACCACCGCCCAACCAAGCAGCUCCCCUGAAAGCAGGAUCAUCUCUUUCCUGGCAGAGCCCUGGGCAUCCUGGAACUUGUGCAAGGAAAUCCCAACACAGUGCUGGGUGUGGUUUUGUUUAGUACGCCUGUCGACUGGGGUUUACCUUUUCAUCUCGUGUCAAACUUUGUUAUUCCUUGUGACAUACUUUCUUAUGUUUCCAUUUUUAAAUAUGCCUGUAUUUUCUAUAUAAAAAUAUGUUAAAUAGAUGCUGCUCCCACUCUCACAAAAUGUACAUACUCUGCUGUCUGUUGAGAAAGUUCCUGGUACACAUUUUUAUUCAGUUACUUAAGAUGAUGUUUUAAUUAAAAUAUAUUUUGCUACUAAAUAAUAUUUUGCUGGAUAGUGCCAUUUUGUGAGGUAGCCACGGAAUGAUGAAGAGGAUUAGUGAUUUCCGUCCACUCUUCUGGCAUAAUAUAGGAUCACGUGCAGUGUACCACAAAAUUACAAUAAAAACGA